AUGUCCCUCUCAACAAAAGCACGUUCGUUGCGGGGCAUAGUUUCAAAACGCGUAGAAUUUCUCUCCCCAACCCCAGCAUCAAAAUCAAAACGAUGGAACAGCACAUUCGAAUCAAAACCAUACAAGCCAUCAUCACCAAAAUCUUCAAGUAAAUCCUCGUCGUCCCCAGCAUGGACGCCACUCACAGCCCUGGCUUUCGGUGGCGGCCUUGGCCUGGCGUGGGUGACGGGACGGGCGUAUCAGAAAGCUCAACAGCUGAACAUCGACUAUGCCAGAGAUGAUAAGUUCAGACCUCCAAAGUAUGGGAGUGUAAAAGAUAUGAUGAAGGCCGUCCAAGAAAUCGAAGCAGCUCUCGGCGCAGAAAGUAUCAGCAUGGAACCCUCAGAUCUAAAACACCACGGCGAGUCUGAAUGGUCGCCUUCUAAUAUCGAUACUCUUCCCAUUGCUGUCGCGUACCCCAAAUCCACAGCUGAAGUCUCAACCCUCGCCAAGAUAUGUCAUCAGUAUAAAGUCCCCAUAACAGGCUUCUCAGGCGGUAGUUCACUCGAAGGCAACUUCUCCGCGCCACAUGGAGGCAUCAGUGUAGACUUCAUGCACAUGGAUAAAAUCUUUGCUUUCCACGAAGAUGAUAUGGAUGUCGUUGUACAGCCAGCUGUUGGGUGGGUUCACCUCAACAAGGAGAUCGCAAAGAGUGGACUUUUCUUUCCAGUGGAUCCCAGUCCGAGUGCCAAAAUCGGGGGAAUGAUAGGUACGAACUGUAGCGGGACUAAUGCUGUGAGGUACGGAACUAUGAAGGACUGGGUGCUGAAUAUGACCGUUGUUCUUGCUGAUGGGCAGGUUAUAAAGACGAGGGGUAGACCGAGAAAAUCGGCUGCCGGGUAUAACCUCAACGGUAUCUUUGUGGGGUCAGAAGGUACGCUUGGGCUGGUCACGGAAGUCACUUUGAAGCUCGCAGCGGUGCCGAAAGAGUUCAAUGUUGCUGUGGUGGCGUUUCCAACAGUCAGGGAUGCGGCAGCCACCGCGACUGCAGUGAUGCGAGCGGGCGUUCCAGUGGCGGCAAUGGAGUUUCUCGAUGAGAAAAUGAUGGAAGUUUUGAAUGCAGGAGGUCACACAGCACCAAAAACCUGGAAAGAGGCACCAACGCUAUUCUUCAAGUUCUCAGGUACGAAAGGAAGUAUUGCCGACAAUAUCAAGGAAGUCCAAUCGAUAUCAAAGGCACAUAAUGGAGGUGGAUUUCAAUUCGCCAAAGAUCACAAAGAGCAGGAUCUUAUUUGGUCGGGUAGAAAGCAGGCUUUAUGGAGCUUACUGGCUGCUAGGCCGGAGGGUACACAGCUAUGGACAACGGAUAUUGCUGUGCCAGUGUCAAGACUGGCUGAUAUCAUUGAGGAAUCAAGAAAAGGCCGGGAAGAACUCGGCCUCUUCUCAUCAGUCGUCGGCCAUCUCGGCGAUGGAAACUUCCACGAAGCCAUAAUGUAUCACCGCGAAGACGCCGAGGAGACGGCUGCCGUCGAUGACCAUGUCAAAAACAUGAUCACUAAAGCCCUUGAGAUGGAGGGCACAUCCACUGGUGAACAUUCCAUCGGCCUCUUCAAAAAACACGAACUCCUUCAAGAAGUCGGACCUGAGACCCUCGGUGUAAUGAAAAGUAUCAAGCAAGCUCUCGACCCGCACUGGCUCAUGAAUCCUGGCAAGAUCUUUGAUACGCCGGUAUUUCAUGGCCGGGUAUGGAAAUGGCAGAAGUAA